CCUCACUUCACCGUCUCGUCAACCGGUACGCCAUCGCUCGCUCAAAUAUAACAUGCCGGCCAAACAAGUUUAUGGAAAACGCCCGGUGGCUAAGCCUUCGACGAGCUAUGCUAAGUUCAUUAGCCCAAGCAAAGACGCCGCCGCAAUGAAGAAAGGAGAAGAAGAGGCUCCAAAGAGAAGAGCCGGAAAUGUGGCGAAGAACGAAAGUGUCAAUCGGGAAGCCAACGAAGAGGUGGAUGUUGGUGACUUGGCGGGGGAUCUGGAGGGGCUGAGGAUCGAGGAUGGCGGUGCGCUGGCUGAAAUGGACCCUGAGCAGCUGAUCCGAAGGGCGAAGAGUAUCGGGAAGACUGCUGCCGGCGCAAAGCAAAAGACGGCUAGAAAGCCCUCGGUGCAAAAGAAAUCGAACACUAUUAAUACCAGUAAAUCAACGCAGUCGAAAGAGGAUGAUGAAUCUAUCGCUCUCGCAAAUCAAUGCCAAGCCUUGGACAUCAGCAAGCAGGAUGAAGUUUGUACCAGGACACCCCAAGAGCGAAGGCAAAGCCCGAGGAAACCCACAAAAACCCGUGCCAAGCCAAGCUCAAGCAUUGAGUAUGCCCCGGAACAAGAGCAAGUCGCAAAGCUUAAGCAACAACCGAAGCGACAAACUGCACCAGAAACGCCGAAACAUGGCCAGAAGCUCAAAGCGGUGAUUAUACCAGCACCAAGAUUAAUGCCCAAGCGUCUCACUCCAAAUCCUACCUCGACAACGACCCCCGAAGACCCGUACACAUCGUACGUGGCACCGCUACUGUCGCUGCAGAGUUAUGGGAGAUCUCUCAUGACAUUCAAGGAAUGGUCAACCUCGCUUGAGCCGCAUUUCACAGUUAGCAAAAUCGCCGAAGCGUCUUUCUCAGAAGUUUAUCGUCUUUCAGCUAUGAAUACCGCAUGCAGGUCGAUGAAGGAAUCUGUUCUGAAGCUUGUACCUUUGAAAAGUGCCCCAAAUGCACCCUUGCGAAGCCUAUCACGCCCAGUCCGGAAUACAGAUGUUCAAGCCCAGAUGGACAAAGAAGCAAGAGAAGAGGAGGAUUCGUGGAAGUCGCAAGUUGAGGAUGUGUACUCGGAGGUUAAGCUCCUCCAGAACCUCAACUACAUACCCGGUUUCACCAAUUUCCGCGAGCUUACAGUGCUUCAGGGCCGGCCAUCAAGAGGGUUCAUCGACGCGUGGAAAUUUUGGAACAAGGGAAGACCACGGGGUAAGAAGAGUCAGUUUCCGGACCCGAGCAAGAAGGCCAGCUAUGAUGACACUCAACUUUGGGCCGUCAUUGAGAUGCAGGACGCUGGUUCGGAUGUCGAAAAGGUCAUGGAUAAGGGCGGACUAAGCACCGUCUGGGAGAUUUGGGAUGUUUUCUGGGGCGUGUGUCUGAGCGUAGCGAAAGCUGAGGAGGCAUGUCGCUUCGAGCAUCGCGAUCUGCAUCUGGAGAACAUCUGCAUACGAUCAUCACGGACCGAUUCCGAACAAGAUCUUCUGAACCCUAUCAUCAAAGAUCCGUUAGGUCGAAAACUUGGCUUCACAGGGCUAGAAACGACAGUCAUCGACUACACUCUUUCACGAGCGGACGUCUCCUCAUCCGUUUCCCGGCGCUCAUCCUCAAUGACGGACGCUUCUUCCUUCUCGCUUUCAUCCCCUUGCAUAGCAUCGACACCUCUGGAGGUCGCCUUCCUCGACCUCAACAAAGACAUGAGCCUAUUUGAAGGCGAUGCUUCCGAGGAAUACCAAUAUGAAAUCUACCGCUACAUGCGCGGCGCCGUCUUCUACAACAACCCUCUUCAGUUCGAGGACCCUCGAGAAAACGAAGACGACCAAAUCCGUCGUUCGCCCCGAAAGACAGCACAACACAUCCGCUUCAAUGAUCCGGAGCCAUCAUCAUCGCAAGUACCUCCCUCCGACACAUACUGCGACCCGCCAUCCGACCUCUGGCGCUCCUUCCACCCCAAGACGAAUCUCGUCUGGGCGCAUUUCAUCCUCUACAAGCUCCUCGAGCAUCUAGAAAGCAAUGAGCCCUCAAAUCUUUCGAGCACGCAGAUCAUGCGCAAUGUAGAGGCCAGCAACGAGGAUAAGAGCAAGAUAGCGCGUAAAGCGAUGAAACUGUACAAGGUGCUGGAGCGGGUUGCAGAGCUGCUAGAGCCGAGUGCGCUGGCGAAGAAAGAUAGCCUGGGGAGCAUGAAGGAGCUUGCUGUGCUGGCGAUGGAGGAGCGGUGGCUGAAGGUAGGAGAUGUUGCUGGUGCAUAAGUGCACGAUUGGGAGCAUUGCAAGAUCAUCGGGUGCAUUGGGUGGUGUUCUGGGUCGUAUGGUUCGGGCGCAUUCUGGGCAGUGCUGGUCAGCCAUUUUUGUGUGACGCAUUGUGUCUCGCUUUCGUGCCCUUGAAGUUGGGUCAGAAGUAAGUUGCG